AUGCACAGACAAAAAUUAUUCGACUGGUACGAGUUCAACGUCGACUUUUUCGGUGGCCGUCCUGUAACUUGUGAUACCAUUAUCACCAAUUGUCCUCCAUCAGAUUAUCUCUUCGGCACACCAUACCGUUUCACCUCUUUGGACAAUGCUAGGGCACACCAUGGGUACUGGGCUGCUUUGUCUAUACUUCAGGGUUUGAUCGCCCAAGCCCAGUCCCACGCCUACUGUUUAUCUCCUGCUCAAGUCGCUACGAACGAGGAUUAUUUGCUUUCGGAGUUCUACGCCGACGAGAUCAGCCGCUCUCUUCCUUACUGUUUGGCUGAUGACAAGAAAGCCUGGGGUCCGCACACAUCGAUCUUUGGGCUGGGCCAGAGUUGUAAGGUCUAUACGGAGUUUAGACGGCGGGAGAAGUUUUUAUUCACACAGGAAGCUAUGAAACAUCUCGGGAUUAUGGGAUCCGAUUUCAGCAAGCGUAUGGGUGAGAUGAUGUUGUAUGGUUGGAGUCUCGUGGAGGGUGUCGAUCAAAGCCCUGUUGUAUCCUCAUCCCCAGUCGAGGAGAUAUCUCCGGUGGCUGAACAGGUGGUGAUAGCAAGGGUCCCGGGUCCGUCGGACUGUAUCUCACAGGAGACUAUGUGA